AUAAUACAUAUUUUUAGUGAGAGAUGUCAUGGCAACCAAAGAUGGUAUGAUCUGGGAAUAUCUCUAAUAUGGACUUUGACAUCGACUCUCCUGAAGAUUUCCAGGAUAAAAGCCUACGAAGUUUAGAUGAGUUGGUGAGAUGUCCGAUAUGUUGUGAGAUAAUGACAACUGCAACAACAAUCGUAAAGUGUCAGCACAAUUUUUGUUCUAUCUGUGUACGAAGACACGUGGAAAGCAAAAAACAAUGCCCCAUCUGCAAAGUGGAGUGUUUUGAUAAUGGGCUGGUUACCAACAGACUUGUCAACCAAAUGACUGUUCACUACAAAAUUUCAAGGAACAAUCUGUUAGUUCUGGAUAAACAACUGUGCGCACCAGAAACUACUACAACUCCUGCAGUAAUCAACCCAAACAACGCUUUACUGAAGCCUGACAACGUCACUGACAUUCCUGUUAAACCCAACCAUCAAAUAACGAACAAAUCUUUCUCGGGACCCUCUGCCAGCUCACGAAGUACAGGAACUUUGCUGAACACAUCAAAAUCUGAAUCCCCUCAAAAUCAGACCUCCUUGUCUGUGUUUCGGAUCAAGAAACGAGGUUUUGGUGGUGAAGUGAAGACUGUUGGGCAGGCGAGUAGUUAUGAAAACGUUUCACAUUCCAGCAGGACUGUGUUAGAGGAGGAAAAUUAUACCGUAAAUAAGAUCCCGAAGCCUUUGGCUGGUACUUCAGCUAGUUCAGAAUUGCAGAGUUGUCCGGUAUGUGGGUGCUCUGUGCCGGGACACAAGAUAAACAAUCACCUGGACAUGUGCCUCAAACGUAAAAACAGGGAGGAGAGGGCCUCAAAAAGACCAGUCAAGAAGAAACUACCAAAUCUAGUGUGGACCAUGAUGAAGGAAAAGGAAUUGCGUGCAAGUUGUAAAAAGCAUGGUCUGAGUAGCAGUGGAAAGAAACCAGAGUUGAUAAAACGUCUAAAAGAGUAUACCCUCAGAUACAACUCUCAGAUCGACCAACUCAAACAAAAAUCAGGACCAGAGCUAGCGAGAGAAGUGGAGCAAGCGGAGAGGAUGAUUCAGAGAACUCCCCCGGGGGUUGUUGGGAACCUUAAAACUGAGGCAGACCGUGCUGCUUACUCUAAUAAAUAUGAGGAUCAGUUCGUUAAACUUAUUAACGCCGCUCGAAAAAACAACGCUGAGAAAACAGGUGACAAGUCGGCGAACAGAACCCAAGACUCAGAUGAGAUUCAAAUUGUACACGAGGUACAAUCUACUCCAAAAAAGAAGUGUGUCGGGUCCCUUCGCGAGUUUUUCAAAAGUCCUCCUAAAAGCUCGAGCCCGCUCAGUGUUUCCUCGCCUACGCUCAGUAACCGCAGCAUGUGUAAAUAUGUUGAGAUCCCCUCGUCAUCGGAGACUUACUCGGGACGGUCUAAUCACGACUUAGUGGUACUUUCCCCAGUACAGACCUGUUCGCCCGUCACAGCCGGCACCCCAAACUUCAAAUUAGCAGCAAAAUCUCUGUUUAACUCUCAGAACGAUCCUGGACCAAACAGGUCUUCAGACUUGUUCGGAGAGGAUGAAGAUGAUUUUGACGACUUUGAAAACGACGAAAAUCUAGACGAAAUGAUACAAUCGUUUACGCAAGUUCCUAAGAAUCAAGAAACUGACAAAUCAAACAAUGGCAGUUUCUCCUCGAGCUCCAAUCACGAAGAACCAAAUCUAUCGUUCAGUCCAACAACACCCACCCGGGUAUCACCCCUGUCAUCUCGCCUUCCCAAAAACCAGACAAACAAUCCCUCUAAAAAACAAAACAAACACCAAAUACUUAACGAAGUUCUGAAAACGGAGGAUAAUGUGUACAUUGAGCAGGAGGUUUCUCGCCUGUACACAUUCCGAGACGAAAAUACAAAUCCUGUCAACACUUCCAGUGUAUCAAAGUUGGACAAGCUGCUGGAGCGGUCCUGUAAGCGUAAUCGGACACCGAAGCAGGGGAGAGAACCCGCACUUGAUGAUAGUAUGGCUGAACUGUUAGAUGAUUUGAGUAAAUCUCCAGCUCCGGCCGUGUUAUUGUCGAAUAAUAACUCGUCUCACUCCGCGACAGACGACGGUGGAAUGGUGACAGCUGAUAACAUGGAGUCUCCCCCUCACCAAAUUCCUGACAUUGACGAAGACGAUUUGCCAGCGUUCCACUCCCAGUCCGAGGAUGAUGACAUGGAGCUAAAUUCAGGCGAUGAAAUUCCGGAAAUCAGUCCGGUGAUUACAACUGGAAUCCGACUUCGGAAGCGGACCUCCGGUAGCCUCAGUCCCUUCAACGAGACACCUCCCAAACGGGGCCGUAUACUGUGAAUGCCGGAAUUGACGUUUAACUUUGGCAAUGUUGUUGCUUUUGUAUGGAAAUUGUUUUUUUUAUGAAUCGGAUUUAUGGAGUAUGAAUGUUUCAAUUUCAUGAGGAAUUUUUUGCAUUUUUAUCUGCGAAAUUAUUCGGAUUUUUACGCGAUUUUUAAUUUUUAUUGUUUACAGUUAGAGUUGGACACUACGUAUUACAUAUUUAUAUAGAUUCUUUAAUGAGACAUACAUUUGGCGUAACAGUUUUAAUAUUUUAGUCCAGAAAGAAGAAUUUUUGAGAAAUUUCGUCUUUAAAAUAAAAUCUUCUGAAAGAGGUGCCCUCCAUUUUGUCUAUGAUACAUAAAUGUAACUAAAAGCGCGGCAUUGGUGGAUUAAUGGCACGAGGUCGUAAGAUUAUGUAGCUUGGAUUUGCUUUAAUAACUACAAAGUGAAAUAAGAACUUUAUUGAUUGAGACCGCUUUUCAAGGGACCCUUUUCAAGGGACUUGAGCAGUGGCUGUAUAUACCGGCAUACCUUAGCGAAAUUAUAAAUUCUGACUCAAUUUUAAGAUAUUGAUAAUUAAUAAUAAUAUUGAUAUCACCUAUAGAAUGGAUAUGGAAUACCCAUAGCAAAUUACCACGUAUACCUUCCUGAAUAGGGGGUUAUCUUCUGAUUUGAUAAAUGGAGUUCAUUAGAUUACCUACCAAGAAACAAUCUCCAUGAUUUACGGAUUUGUUGCAAAUUUUAGAGAUAGGAGAAAAUACCCUAGAAGGAAAAAUAGACGUGAAUACAGAAUUACAGAUUUAUAUUUUAAUGAUAAUCAAGAUUUGGCAGUUGCUAGUAUUGCUCAAAUGACCGAUUUCUGUCCAGGAAUAUGAUUCCUUCGUCGUUUCUAGUUAAUUAUAAUAAUUUUAUUUCAUUGUCUUAAACAAAAAGUAUAAACGCAAAAGACUAUUACAAUGACAUGUAAUUGAUGGCGCACCAUAGAAGCUGAGGAAACUUUAAAAUAGUCAAGUAAAUCACGUUCGGAAAAUUCGGACACCCAAAAUUUGGUUUGGAUCAAUCGAUUUCGUACAUUGGGCCACAAAUUUGGAAAUGCUUUCAAUAAUAUUAUAUUGGGUCCCGGUUAAGCCUAAGGUUUGCUACCUUCCGAACAUUCCAGAUUAGAAAACUUCACAACCAGAAAAUAAAACGCACCCGUUACACUUAGUGGCUAAGUUAUACUUCACAGUCCCCCUAUCUCCUGAGUAAAUAUCGCAUCAAUUGGUCAUCGUUAUCAUGUAAAACACGCCUCUAAAAGUUAGCUGAUCAAUUGCAAUACUAUUUGGUUUUCCUUCAACUUUCGACCAGUUUUUUGACCAAUAAACCCACAUCCGGCCGGUUAAAUCUGUGUGCAAGAUAUAGUGAUAGAGCUUUUAACGGCAUACUAUCAAAAUUUUAAUUUUGUUGUGUUAAAACUUUUUAUAUUAAAUUAUUCACUUUUUAACUGUUAUCAAGCUUUCUAUUUGUGGAACGGUUUUUAGUUGUAUGUGACCCACUAAAUUAUUUAAUAGCAUUCCAGUUGAUUGUUAUGGUAACAUCCUUUUGUACAUUUUGAUAUUAUAUAAGAUUGAAAUCUCUUAGUAAA